AUGUAUAUAGCGCAGUGGGAUACGAGCUUGAUCACGGAUAUGAAUCACUUGUUCUACAACAAAAUUUCAUUCGACGCCAAUAUCAGCACGUGGAACACGGCGAAAGUGACAAAAAUGGAUAGCAUGUUUUCUCAAGCACGUGCAUUUAACCAGAGGAUUAAUGAAUGGAAUACAUCGAGCGUGGUGACAAUGGAAGCUAUGUUCCGCUACGCCGAGUCCUUUGACCAGCCCAUUGGUGAGUGGAAUACCGGAAGAGUCACCAAUAUGAAAGACAUGUUUUCGCAGGCGUCUGAAUUCAAUCAGAAUAUCGGUAAUUGGGAUACAUCGAGUUCGGCGUUGGAGACCGCUACAUGGAACUGCUUGGCGGGGAGCGCCGAUGCCGAUGGCAACUGCGACUGUACGACCGUCGAUUGUGGCGCGGCGGUGUAUGAAUCGAUUUCGAACUGGAACACGAGUUUGAUCACGGACAUGACCGGUUUGUUUGAAGGUAAGUCUUCAUUCAACGCGAAUAUCGGCGGAUGGAACACGGGGAGCGUCACAAACAUGCACCAGAUGUUUAACGGCGCGACUGCUUUCAACCAAGACAUCGGUUCUUGGGAUGUCUCGGAUGUAGCGGACAUGUAUCAAAUGUUCGGUAGCGCGUCCUCGUUCAAUCAAAACAUUGGGUCGUGGAACACAGGCAGUGUGACGGAUAUGAGCGGUAUGUUCAUGAAUGCAUCUGCGUUUAACCAGCCCGUUGGUGACUGGAACACAGGCAGCGUCGUGGAUAUGAGCGGCAUGUUUGAGAGCGUGUCUGCGUUUAACCAGCCCAUUGGUGAGUGGAAUACCGGAAGAGUCACCAAUAUGAAAGAAAUGUUUUCGCAGGCGUCUGAAUUCAAUCAGAAUAUCGGUAAUUGGGAUACAUCGAGUGUGACGACGAUGGAUACUAUGUUUCGCUACACCGAGUCCUUUAACCAGCCCAUUAGUGAGUGGAAUACCGGAAGAGUCACCAAUAUGAAAGACAUGUUUUCGCAUGCGUACGCAUUCAAUCAUUCAAUCGGUGACUGGAACACGGGUGCCGUGGAGAAUAUGGAGCUUAUGUUCCAAAAUACCGGCGUUUUCAACCAGGACAUCAGCAGUUGGAACACGGCGGCGGUGACUCAGAUGGACUCAAUGUUUUACGGUGCUUCAGCCUUCAAUUAUGACAUCACUGGUUGG